UCCCAGUGGAGAUGGAGGAAGAUGCGAACCGAGUCUGGCUGUCGCUGGGACUGGAGAGUAGCGCGGGGGCUACGGUCUAGGAGUCCCAAUCUCAGACGCGGCUGAACCGCCAGGGUCUGAGAAGGUAAGCGACUACGGUGCUUGGGUGCCUUGAAGGAUCAGAAGUACCUAAGGUUCAACUUGUCGAGGAGGCAGCGGAUAUCUGUCUGCUCUGCGGGGCUGCAUCGCCAUGGGAAGCCGCUCUGCAGUUUUGACAACGAAAGGCAAGUCCCCCAAGGCAUCUCAUCCUGGCAGAGGAGCGUGAGAGACUGACAGCUAGAGAAGCAUGGCGAGGGGCAUGCCCGAGGACCCUGAAUUGGCCGUGCAAAAGCCAGACAGAAGGUCUUCAGGCACGAUGGAGGACAAGCGGAACAUCCAGAUCAUCGAGUGGGAGCACCUGGACAAGAAGAAGUUCUAUGUGUUUGGUGUAGCUAUGACAAUGAUGAUCAGGGUCAGCGUGUACCCGUUCACCCUCAUCCGCACCCGGCUGCAGGUCCAGAAGGGCAAGAGCCUCUACCAUGGGACCUUCGAUGCCUUUGUCAAGAUCCUGCGAGCAGAUGGAGUGGCGGGUCUCUACCGGGGCUUCCUGGUCAACACCUUCACACUCAUCUCUGGCCAGUGCUAUGUCACCACUUACGAGCUUACCCGGAAAUUUGUAGCUGACUACAGCCAGAGUAACACAGUCAAAUCACUGGUAGCCGGUGGCUCUGCCUCCCUCGUGGCCCAGAGUAUCACGGUGCCCAUCGAUGUUGUCUCCCAGCAUCUGAUGAUGCAGCGCAAGGGUGAGAAAAUGGGUCGCUUCCAAGUGCGAGGCAACCUAGAGGGACAAGGGCUGAUUGCCUUUGGCCAAACUAAGGACAUCAUCAGGCAGAUCCUGCGGGCUGAUGGCCUUCGAGGCUUCUACCGAGGCUAUGUGGCCUCACUGCUAACAUAUAUCCCAAACAGUGCUGUAUGGUGGCCCUUUUACCACUUCUAUGCAGAGCAGCUGUCGCGCCUGUGCCCUCAGGAGUGCCCUCACAUUGUCUUUCAAGCCAUCUCUGGGCCCCUGGCUGCAGCCACUGCCUCCAUCCUCACCAAUCCCAUGGAUGUCAUCAGAACCCGUGUGCAGGUUGAAGGCAAGAGCUCCAUCAUCCUGACCUUCAGACAGCUGAUGGCGGAAGAGGGGCCUUGGGGCCUCAUGAAGGGCCUCUCAGCCCGAAUCAUCUCUGCUACACCCUCCACCAUUGUCAUCGUGGUGGGCUACGAGAGCCUGAAGAAGCUCAGCCUGCGGCCCGAGCUGGUGGACUCGAGACACUGGUAGUGAUCGGUGGAUGGAGAGGCUGUGGUUUCACACAUUACUCUGAGCCGGGGCAGAGCACGGAGAAUGACUACCCCUGUGAAUGCCACCACCACCCACCCAUCCUGCUCCAGGUGGCCUAUCAGGGACAAGAGAAGAGACUUUGGACUGCCCUUGCUGCAGAGGUUCUGUGCCUGGCUUCCCUGAUCCCUGUAAUUUUAUUUCUCCUGCAGAUCUGGGCCCCUCACUUGGUCCUUAUACUCAGUCAUGGCCUGAAGAUCAACCGCUACAGGGCCCUGUUAGCCCCUCACCGGUGCCCCUCUCUCUGUCCUUCCUUCAGGCCUGGAGAAGAGCUGCUCAUAGUUUGCUUGUCCCCUGCUUCUUCCUCUUGAGUCUUUAGGCCAAGGCUCUAAGUAGCUGCCUGUGAUUUAUUUUUUUAUGCUUGCUUAGUUUAAAUUUGGGAGUUGAGUUGUUCGCUGGACUACUCUGCUUUGCCCUGCCUUUGGGGACAAAUUGGAGCAGCGCACACUCUGCAGGGCGUUCAUCUUCUCUGGGAAUUACUAGGAGGGAGAGAGGCUGAGGCGUUAGCGUAUGUGUAGUUCAACAUCUGUGAAUGAGCCAACUAAUCCUGAUAGCUCAGUUCGCUGUCAGACCCCACUCCUUGGAGAAGUGGAAAACUGUGACACCAACACCAAUUCUUUGUCCCUUCCUUGUCCUGUUAGGCCUGGGAACCUACAGAUACAAUGAGCUGUUGGCCUUCGUUGGCCCAGGUGACUACAGUAGAGGGCACAGUUGUGAGUGGAUCAGACUUACUGGAGUACACUGGACUUGGAACACUGCCCUGAAGCCAGGUUGAGAGAGCCAUUGGCUUGGAUCCAACGAUGGGAUAUAUGUUCCUCACUUAUAUCUCCUCAGGCCAGCUGAGCCAAGCCCAGAGGCGCCAUGGAGGUUCUGAGCCCUAGGCUGCAAUGCCACAGGCAUACCUGUCACUCAGAUGAAUAGCAACAGGUAUCUCACAGUGGGUCUCUGGAAUAUGAACUGUCCUUGUUUUUCUUGUCCUUGGUUGUGAAGUGUCAUCCCAGUCAUGGUACCCUGUGCUGGCAACAGAAAAAUAAAAGAACAGUCAGGAAGGCUCCCAAGGCCAGGUCCACCUGGUUACCAGCCACAUACUGCCAAAACCGUUGAUGCUCCCUCCACUCAGGAGCUCGCCCUUCCCUGCCUCCACUGAGCCUGUGUUGGCAGGAGAGAGGCCCAGAGUGAAGAAUGGGAGGAAUCUUGCUGUUUGGCCUAGGUGAUGCUUUCAACCGUAUCAGUGGCCCUAUGCCUUGGGAAAUGCCAUGGUGCCAAUUUGGAAGGUGCUAGCUAACUGAAGCCGCCAUGUUUCUCAUGGCUGCCACAUUCUUCCAUCCUGACUGGACCCGGUCUCUGUACUUACCUGUUCUACUCGUUGUAGUCUAGAUUUGUUUCCUUCUGAGUCCUCUUCUUUUAUUUGUCUCAUUCUGGUUGUUUUUGAGACAGAGUCUUAUAUAUCCCAGGCUGGGUUUGAAUUCACUAUGUAGCAGAGGAUAGCCUCGAACUCUUGAUCUUCCUCCACUUCCUGAGUUCCAGGUUCACAGGACACCACCAGGCCCCACUUCCUGCACUUUAUUGAGAGAGCCCUUCAAUCUUGCCCAUAGUCAAGGGUGGAACCCACAGAUUUUAAAUCCUUCUGCUCCUUACCUCUACCUUAAGAGCUACCAACACAACGGAGCCAGGGCUCCUCAAGCUUUUCUUAUCAAGACCUUUGUGUCUGGAUAUCUCUCAGCUCUUCUUUGGUCUUUGCUUACCAGGGCAGAGGAUGGACAUAAGGUACCUGCCUUUCAUGCCUUAGGUUACUUCUUCCCGACUUGAUUUUCUUGUCCGGUGUUUAAGCCUCCCCCUUUCUUGUCCUUUCUCCCUUUCCUUCUUUCCCCUUCUGUUUGAAAGGUCUAUGGAUGUAAUGGUAAAGACAUCCCUGUUGGGACCCCUACUUUCCCAAGGUCAGGGACUAGGAUUGGCCUUGGUGAAGAUGGUCCAGUGGGCGGCCAUUUUUCCAAAACUGGAGACCAAAACAACCAGAAAUUUUGACCCGUUGGUCCAUAACACAAAUUAGAAACUCGGCAAGACAGGAAGGCUGGAUGGAGGCACAUGGGAAAGAAAAUGCACAUUCAGCAUUAGAUAGAAAUGGACUCUUGAGGAUAUUAGCUGCGAAUAUUCACUGUUGCACUGUAUGAAGUCUUUGAAAUGUAAUUAAAAGUUUUUAUUGAGCCCCUAAA